UGGGUAUCAGAGGAAUAUUUGAAAUCUCAAUUUAUAGCAGAUAUAUUUGUUUUUAGUAAAGGAUUUGUAGCGGAAUGAAUAAAGAAAGAUUUAGGUGCAGAAUUAGAAUUGGUUGUGGAAAAUAUUCACCACAUAAUAGCAGCGUUCCCCAACAUUGUGGAUGUAAAUGGAGAUGGGAAAGCAGUAGAAAGAAACAGACAAAAAAUGGUGUACCAGAAAGGUCAGGCUACGUGCAAAAGUAAGAAACUACCCCUUUGGCAUAUGAAAACAAACCACCAUUAAUUAUUUACACCUCUUUAUAGGGAAGCUUCUCGCCGGUUGUCAGCUGCAAAAUGAAAUCCCAGUUCCCAUACAAAUAUAAAUUACAAGAUAACACAUGAAAAUUUAAAAAGAAAAUAAAAUAGUCCCUUGUGAGACUAGAGAGAGAGAGAGAUGCUGGAAGGAAAAGGUAUGAUAAAGGAAACAGACAUGCCAGUGAAGAUGCAGAUCCAAGCCAUGGCAUGUGCUUCUCAAGCCCUUGAUAUCUAUGAUGUUUUUGAUUGUGUCUCGAUUGCUGCCCACAUCAAGAAGGAAUUUGAUAUGAUGCAUGGUGGUGGAUGGCAAUGUGUGGUGGGUUCAAAUUUUAGCUGCUUCUUUACUCACAAGGAGGGAACUUUCAUCUAUUUUUCAAUGGAGUCUCUCAAUUUCCUUAUUUUUAAGGGCGCUUCUUCCUAGGAGCAUACAUAUAAUGUUACUGGUAGAUACACAUGUAUAUGAAGCUGUUAGCUAUGGCUAGCUUAAAUGGUAGUUUAGAGUGGUUCUUAUUUCCUCUCUCCAGGCAUCUGGUACUCACUUCAUGAAAGCAUUGAUGGCUACAAAUUGCUAAUAAUUUUGUAAUAACUUAGCUUUUUCUGAAAGUCUCUGUCAGUAACAAGAAGUUCCAGUUUGCACCAAAUGAAAGUGCAAGCCAGAAGAAGCAAUUUAGUUUUCGUACCUUUUUGAACUUAAUUAGUGUAUGAUAAAAUGCAGGUUCAGUGAAAAAGGCAAACAGGAUAUUUUAGUA